AUGACUAAACUAUUGAUAUUAUCUCAGUGGGUCAAAUAUCUCGAUUUAAUUCAUUCAGUGUUGAAACAGAUGAGUAUCAAAUGCUUAAUACUCACUGGGCAGAUUCCUGUCAAAGAUCGUGGAUCAGAACCAAGAGUUCUUCUAUUGUCACUCACGUCUGGAGGAGUUGGUUUGAUGCUGAUUGGAGCAAAUCUGUUGCUUCUAUACAUCCAUUGGAAACCUCAGCUUGAGAGUCAAGAGUUUGAUCGUAUCUACAGAGUUGGCCAAGAGAAAGAUGUUCAGAUUUACAAGUUUGUCGCAAGUGAUACGGUUGAAGAAAAUGUGUUGGGUUUGCAAAACAAGAAGCUGUCAAUCUCAGACUCUGUACUGACCGGAGCCAAUGAAGCAUCAUCCAAUCUGACACUUAAUGAUCUCAAGGUGUUGUUUAAAGUCAAUUAA